AUGCGCCAACGCCCCGAUGACGUCGCUCGGGCGCGACGUUGUUGGCGUUCAGUUGGCGCUCAGAGACAAACAGAGGAAGGAGCAGCAGCUGCGGUGGAUCAGAGAUGCCGUCCGGAUCAGACUCCUCAGGAUCUGGACUGAAGUCAGUCAGACGAUCUCCUCGUCUGUCUCCUCAGAGCAGCAACAGCAGCAGCAGUAAAGGAAAGGAGGAGAGGAAAGGAGGAGGCGCUCUGCAGGAGGCGAAAAGGAGAGGGAGGAUGGAGAGGAGCAGAGAGGAGGACGAGGAGCUGAGCGAUAAACUGCAGACGCUGGAUCUGAGCAGCAGGUCAGCGGUCAGUGGAACAGGUCUGGUUUACUCUGAGAUCUUCACUCAUCAUAAGAACCUGUGGGACGACAGUCAUCCAGAAUGUCCCGACAGAGUGACGUCCAUCAUGGAGGAGCUGAAGAGACAGGAGCUGCUGUCGCACUGCAUCAGAGUGGAGCCCCGAGAGGCCUCAGAGGACGAACUGCUGCUGGCUCACAGGAAGGAUUAUGUGGAAUUGAUGAAGUCGACUCAGACGAUGACAGAAAGUGAACUUCAGACUCUGUCUGAGAAAUACGACUCUGUUUACCUCCAUCCUGAGUCCUUCCAGGUGAGUGUGUUAGCGGUGGGUUCAGUCCUCCAGCUGGUCGAUCAGGUGAUGACCUCUGACCUCAGGAAUGGAUUCGCUGUCAUCAGACCUCCAGGUCAUCACGCUCAGUCAAAUGAGGCAAACGGUUACUCUGUUUUCAACAACGUGGCAAUCGCAGCUCGAUACGCUCAGACCAGACACUCAAUCAGCAGGGUGUUAAUAGUGGACUGGGAUGUUCAUCACGGUCAGGGCAUCCAGUACCAGUUCCAGGAGGACCCCAGUGUGCUGUACUUCAGUGUCCACAGGUAUGAGCAGGGGUCUUUCUGGCCUCACCUGUCUGAGUCUGACAGUCAGUUCAUCGGCAGUGGACGAGCUGAAGGCAGAAACAUCAACCUGCCCUGGAACAAGACGGGGAUGACAGACGCUCUUUACAUCAUUAUAUAAAUAUAUGUGUGCGUUCAGUUUCAGCCCCAGCUGGUUCUGGUCUCAGCUGGAUUUGAUGCUGCAGUUGGAGAUCUGAAGGGGGAGAUGUGUGUGAGUCCUCAGUGUUUCCAUGUUCUGACUCACAUGCUGAUGAGUUUGGCUGAAGGUCGACUCGUUCUGGCUCUCGAGGGAGGUUAUAACCUGCAGUUGACAGCAGAGGGCGCUGCAGCCUGUAUCAGAGCUCUGCUGGGAGGAGCCUGUCCUCCUCUGACCCCGCCCACCGCUCCGUCUGACAGCGCCCUGCAGUCGAUCUCUCAGACCGUCUCAGCUCUGUAUCCACACUGGGCCUCUCUGCAGACGCUGGAAGGCGGCCCGUUUGCUGAGGGGCGUGUCAUCAGAGCAACGACCAAUAAGCACAGCACAAAGCAGACUGACCACGCCCCCUCCGUUACCACGACAACAGGUCUGGUUUAUGAUGAGAGUAUGAUGGAGCACCUGAACAUGUGGGACAGACAUCAUCCUGAACAGCCUCAGAGAAUCUUCAAAAUCUUCUCCAAACAUCAGCAGCUGGGAUUGGUCGACCGUUGCCAACGGAUACCAGCUCGCUUAGCGACAGAGGAGGAGUUGUCCAGGUGUCACAGUGUGCAGCACAUUGAGCAGAUGAAGGCCACAGCAGCGAUGAAGCCCAGAGAUCUGUACAAACUAGGAAACGAGUUUAACUCCAUCUACAUCAACAACCAGAGCUUCCAGUCUGCCCUGCUGGCUGCUGGGAGCUGUUUCACUGCAGUGGAGAGGAUCCUCACAGGACAGGUGAGUAACGGCGUGGCGAUCGUGCGUCCUCCUGGUCAUCACGCAGAGAAAGAUUUUCCGUGUGGUUUCUGUUUCUUCAACACGGCGGCGCUCACUGCUCGCCACGCCCAGAAAAUCUCCCACGAUGCACCACUGCGAGUCCUUAUCCUGGACUGGGAUGUUCACCAUGGCAACGGGACGCAGCACAUGUUUGAGGACGAUGACAGUGUCCUGUACAUCUCCCUCCAUCGCUACGACAACGGGAUGUUCUUCCCGUCUUCGAUAGAUGCUGCCCCUGACAGAGUGGGCGUGUCCAAGGGGGCAGGGUUUAACGUGAAUGUGGCAUGGAGUGGCGGGCGGAUGGGUGACUCCGACUACCUGGCAGCCUUUCACCGGGUUGUCAUGCCGAUCGCAACUGAGUUUAAUCCCGGCCUGGUUCUGGUGUCGGCCGGGUUCGAUGCAGCUCGGGGGGAUCCGCUGGGUGGAUAUCAUGUGACCCCAGAGGGAUACGCCCACCUCACACACCUGCUGAUGUCACUGGCGGGGGGGCGGGUCCUACUCAUAUUGGAGGGAGGUUAUAACUUGACGUCCAUCUCUGACUCCAUGGCGAUGUGCACCAGCGUGUUGCUAGGAGACCCCCCUCCCUCCUUGGUGUCGCCCCUCCCCCCUCCACAUCACUGUGCCGUGACAGCGAUCAACGAGGUCAUCCGACACCACGCCCCCUACUGGAGUUCGCUGAGGAUACACAUCCCAGAGUCUGUGCGGACGUCCCUACCUGCCCUGAAGCAUCGUGGGAAACGUAGUUCUAAAGGACAUGGAAGGAAGUCAGAGCAGAGCAGCGCAGACAAACCACCGCUGCCCCCUGCAGGAUCGGAGGAACUAUCAACGGAGGGUGGUCUGGAGCAGCUCACUCAGGGGUUGGCCAGUUUGGACAUCACUGAAACCUCAGCCAAUAACCCUCCUGCUACGUCCACCCCCGUGGGCGGGGCCAGACCAAAGGUUCGCCCCAGCUCGGAGAAGGUCACCUGUGAAGGUGAAGUGAAGGCGGAGUCUUGUGACGUGACACCUGAGCAGAGCCAAUCAGCAACAAGUACCCAGCCUCAGGCUGUUGCCGUGGCAGCAUCAGAGUCGGUUGCCUCCGGAGACAAGGCUGCUGAUGGAGCGGGGGCAGAGCCAGAGACAGAGGGAGCGUGUGGUUGGUCGAAGCCUGAGACGUCUCUGGAGUUGAUUUCUGGAGGACAGACGGACACUCUGUUUGUGGUGGACCCUCUGCCCUGGUGUCCUCACCUGGAUGCUGUGAAGCCCCUCCCCCCCUCAGGUAUCGACAUCUUCCAGCCGUGUCAGGACUGCGGCUCUGACGCUGAGAACUGGACCUGUCUCACCUGCUACCAGGUGUUGUGUGGUCGUUACGUUAAUGAGCACAUGGUGAAUCACGGUGUUGUUUCUGAACAUCCGCUGGUGCUGAGCUUCAGUGACCUGUCGGUGUGGUGCUACCUGUGUGAGGCCUACAUACACAACCAGAUUCUGUUUGAAGCUAAAAACGCUGCUCACUGCGCCAAGUUUGGAGAAGAGAUCCCUCCAUGGAGCUGAGAGGAGGAAGAGGAGGAGGAGGAGGAGGGUGGUGUAAAAAACUGACACUGUUCCUGUCUCUCUCCCUUUGGUGUGAUUGGGCUGUUGCAUUGCCAUGGAUACAGCACACCAGCAGUGGUGCUUUGUGGGAAAUGUAGCAACGUCUGCGGAGUCUUACAGCUGCCAAAAAAAACAAACAAACGAAGUGUUUUUAUUUUUUUAAAUCCAGAUUGGUGCUGAUCAUCUUCAUCAUCUCUAUCAUCAUCAUCAUCAGCAGGUCGUUGGUUCAGUUCCUGAAAAUGUGACGAAUCACCAGCAGACUCUGGGUGCUUUUAUUCUGAAAAAAUACUGAGCAGAAAGGAGUAGGAAUGAUGUCAUCAGGAGGUCACGCCCACAAACAGCUGCUCAGUAACAACAAAAAAUUGCAGUUCUAUUUUCAUUUAUUAACUACAGGAAGUUUAAACUGAGAUCAGCCGGAGGAGAAAAAUAAAAGUUCAGUAAAAUAUAUAAUCAGAACAGGGAGUGAGAAGAUAAACGCUUGUAGAAACAGACGAGUUGUCUGCGUCAUUUGAAAUCUUUUGUGUCUGUAAAUCACUUAAACGUUUCAGAAGAUGCCUGAAAAACAAGGUGUUUAUUUCGCUCGUUGUAAAAGGCAAAAACACCAAAAAACAACUGGAUGAGGAGACGAGUCAGAGUUUGUGUCCAUGAACGCAUCACGUCGUUCCGACUGGUUUAAAAACAAAGAAUAAAACAGGAAGUUUGUUUCAGACAGAAAAAACAUAGAUGAAAAGUUUUAAUAACCAGUUUCUGUUGAAGACGAGAGAUUUUGAAAUGUCCAGAUAAUUUUUACUUUUUAAUUUUCAGUUUUCUUUUGAACAGAAGACGUCCUCACUUCAGGAGCGUUUGAUUUUUACACCUAAGGAACAUUAUUUUAUUGAAAACAGAGUUGUGUCAGUGUGUAGCUGCAGACUGAGAGUUUAAUUAUCAGGUCUGCGCUUUAAUUUGAAAAGUCUGAACAUUUAGUUUCCUGUCAGCGAAGUUCAACAUAUGAAGACGUUCAAUCUUUAAAGCUGCGGACGGAAAUAUACAAGAGUCAGAAGGUCCUGUGUCUGAGGUGCGUUUGAUUUAAAGACUGAGGGACGGUGAAGGCAGUGUUAAGGUGGAGACAACAGGAGUUUUGUGUGUUGUGCAAUAUUUGUGUUUGUAAAUGUUUUAUUAAAAUGUUUGUAUGUA